AUAUGCAUGUUCAACCAGAAAAGAAAAUGGCGACGUGAAAUCUUGUUCGGCUAGACAACAAAACGCUAUUUCGUUGGAAAUUUUAGGCUAAAGCCGCAUGAAUUCAAUUAUAAAAUUAUCCAGACUUUGAGGAAGAAAUACACAGACACUAAAGCUACGAUUUGGGACUGGAUUGAAGGGAAGAGUCCAAUUACGUGGAUAUGAUCUUAACUGUGAAAAUUUUACAAACACACGGAAGAGAAUGCUGCGUAGAGGUGACGGCAACGGAGCCCAUUCUCUCUGUCAAACGGAUGGUUGCCAAAGAAUUAGAUGUCCCAGUCCACCAACAAAGACUUGUCUUCAAAGGAAAAACGUUAUCUGAUGGCCAGUGCUUGUGUGACUACAACAUUGGCCCAGACACCAAGAUACACCUAGUCAUACGCAGACCAGACGCCUCUGAAGACCUGACCAGCCCCUCCAGAAUAGGGAAAGGCACAGCAUUGUGGGAAGAGUUACAGAAAUUACUCCGGAAGCAUUUCACCUCAGAAGAUGCAGAAAAGGUUCUGGAACAAUUUAAGAAGGAGUUCUCUACAAACAUUGCCAGUCUCAGCCUGGACGACAUCGAGAGGAUAGCCAUGUCUAAGCUUGGAGUGUACCCAGAUGGCAGUGAGGCAGGUCCCUCAACGAGCUAAGGGUCACGGCCAUCCGGCUUGUCUCUCUUUGCCUGCAGUUGCCCAUCUGCAAAUGCUUGUCAUUCUGCAAAUGCCUGUUUUGGCUCCCUUGAGAAAACGACUUUUAGGUGGAUUCGAACCCUGGACCACUUGCACUCCGCAUCAGAUGAGCUGGCGUAAGAGGCAACAGUGAUUUCCCCCCCCCCCCGGUUUAUGAGGAAAGCUGUGUAAUAGUGAUUCUUGCUUGGUUUCCUUGAACCACUAUUUUUCUUUAGUUGCAUAAUAAAUUCCAUCAAUGCCUUCAGUUUGCUUCCCACUUUAGCAUAAUUUUCCUGUCAAUUCUCUGCAAUUAAUUUAACUUCUGAUUAGCAGCAGUAACAAUGCCGUUUACAUGUCAUAUUUACUUUUUCCCCAUGUUUUUGAAGAUCCGCCGUGGGGAAAUUCCAUCCUUUGUUUCCUUCACUCAUUUUGGGUCACAUGACUCUGAGACUAACCAGUCAAGUAUCACAUUAGUUGCAUUCUUUUGAAAAGUAAUGCAAAUGUUCUAAUACAGAAAAUGAAAUACAUGCAACUGUUGAGCCCAUUGCAAGUCAAGUAGAGUUCAAAUCCACUGACAUUCAGUGACUAUUUCAUGUAUGUAUUUUCAUUAGAAUUAAAUCAAUAUCAAUCAAUCCCAGGCUCAAUAUUCAAAAGCCCAUGGAGGUAUUAGCCUCAAGUGCAUUUAAUGAAAGACGUUAAAGGAAUCUUCAGGUCAGGGGACCAGACUGCAAAAGUGAGAGGUUGGGAAACCAGUCUAGCGCAAGAUUUUACCUCACUGGUUCACCUGCUUUGUUAUUACCAUUUCAGAAUAAUUUGAUGUGGCCUGCUCUCAUAGUAAUGAAGACUUGGUCACUUCAUAUUUUCAACUUUGCAGUUAUAGUGCAUGUUGGUGACAUGUAUAUAAGGACUUCUGUUAACAUCUUAAUUAUUGAAUGCAAAAACUGAAACAAGGGGACAAAAUGUCGUGAGAGUUUUGCCAAAUUGCAGAGCGGCAAAGGUGGAUUCGACGCUUGUGAAGCAAAAGGUGGAUGGUUGUCUCUGAACCGUGUAGUGUUGAGAUCAAAUCAACAUGGAUCCCCAUUGGUGCUCGUGCGGUUCAUGUGAUGAGAUGAUGUACAUAUUGGAGCUGCUUUUGGGGAUGCCCCGUUGUGGAGAAAAAUUAGGUGAAAAAGAUUGGUUACGAAUUCAGGCUGGUAUGGUGUUGUAGUUCACUCUGUCAGGACGGUCGUUUCGUCUGAUGGACUUGGCCAUAAAGGGUCGAAUGGAUCGAUUACUUUUUAACACCGAUGCAAACCAAAAGAUCGAAAGAACUAGUAAGAGGCCUAUGUACAUGUACAUCACAUGAGGACUGUAUUGUUAAGCGUUCGUUUUUUGUCAUUUGAAAUUUGAUUAACUUUUGAAAAUCGUAGUGAUAUGUUUUCGUUGUCGAUCGAUUUUUGUUUUUUCUUUUGUAUAAAAAUAAGAUCUCUUAAAAUAAAAAGAAAAAUCACU